AUGCGUUAUGACGUGAUAGUGGUUGGUGGCGGCGCUACCGGCUGCGUGCUGGCCUCCCGACUUUCGGAGGAUCCAUCCCGUGCAGUUUUGUUGCUGGAGGCGGGGCCUGAUUACCCCGAUCCGGCCUUGCUCCCCGAUGAACUGCGGUACGGUUACACACGCGACGCCGAAAGGCAGGACGGGCCGCAUAACUGGUCGUUGCGGGGAAUCAUCAACGCAGAACAGGGCGAAAUACACGUUGCCCAGGGCAAAGUAAUAGGUGGUGGCAGCUCGAUCAACGGGCAGGUGAUGCUGCGGGGCCUACCCGAAGACUUUGCGUUGUGGGCUUCGUUGGGCAAUGACCGCUGGUCGUACACGGAUGUGCUGCCGUACUACCGCAAAUUCGAAUCCGAUCAGGACAUCCACGACGAUUUUCACGGCACGGACGGCCCGAUCCCGCUGGUGCGCCGGCAUAACGAACCCUGGCCGCCGAUCCAAAAAGCGUUUUAUGAAUCCUGUCGCGCUGCCGGGUACGGCGAUUGCGCCGACCUGAACGGGCCGGAGCCGGGCGGCGUGGGCCCCAUUCCGAUGAACAACCCCGGCGGCGUCCGGAUGUCCACCGCCCUCACGCAUCUUAAUCCAGGUCGCCAUCGCCUGAACCUCACGGUGCGGGGCGGCGUCGUGGCCCGGCGCAUUCUAUUCAACGGCCAGCGGGCGGUUGGAGUCGAAGCGGAGAGUGGUGGGCAGGUGUUCAACAUCGAGGCGGAACGUAUUGUGCUCAGCUCCGGUGGCAUCAAGUCGCCGCAUCUGCUGAUGUUGUCCGGUAUCGGGCCGUCCGAGUCGCUGCGCCGGUACAACAUUGAUGUGCUGGUGGACCAGCCGGCCGUGGGUCAAAACUUGUGGAACCAUCCCAUCGCCAGCGUGGGACUGCGUGCCCGCGAUGGUGUUACGUUGACGCCCGAUGCCCAGGGUAUUCGGAUCGGUUUGCGAUACACCGCCACCGGUUCCGACACGCCCAACGACGUCAUGAUAAUGACCAACUCAAUCUUUUCGCCGUUGUCGGGCGACGUCCUGCCAGACCGCGGAAUCAGGCUGUCCUGCGCCCUGGAACUGCCGGCGGGAAGUGGCGAGGUGGAAUUACAAUCGGCCGAUCCGUUACAACAACCCAGGUUCAACUACCGGUACAUGGAAAAUGACUGGGACCGCGAACGGUUGCGGGAGGCGGUGCGACUGUGCCGGCGCCUGGUGGAUUAUCCGCCGUACGCUGAGGUUCUGGACGCCUGGGUUUCGCCCACUGAUCCGGAGUUGGCCGACGACGACUUGCUGGAUAGUUGGCUGAAACGCACCAUAGGGUCGGCGCGGCACAUGUCUGGAACCUGCAAGAUGGGUCCCGACGGCGACCCUGCCGCCGUGGUUGAUCAGCGCCUGAAGGUACGCGGCGUGGACGGCCUGUGGGUCGCCGAUGCCAGCAUCCUGCCGAAGGUGCCCCGCGCCAACACCCACGCCACGGUGAUCAUGGUCGGUGAGCGACUGGCCGCGGAAUGGGACUAA